CUUGACCUGAAAUUGAUCUAAGUUCGGGAGUAAAAUGAACUUUGUUACCCAAAAAAAACUUCACCAUCCUCUUAAAAAUUAAAAAACCGCUUAAACCCCUCAAAAUCUUAAAACCACCACCGUCGCAGCCAAUCACCUUCAAUUCGAUCUCCACAGCCUAAUUCUUGUUUUCAUGUCAAUUAUUUUUCCCACUCGCUUAAUCACUUGAAUUCAACAAUUAUUAACCAAUCAAGAACCACAAUGCUAGGAGCAACCGCCCCUGCUUCCAAAUUUUUCCGAUUUAGGGCUCGACAAUUCAUCCUCCUCCGCAAACAUUUUUACAAACCAAGCUUCUUAACCACUAAUAAUCUCAAUUCCAGUCAUCUUCAUCACAGCACCACCACUAGAUUAUACUCCUCCGCUCAAUUUCAAUGGAGACGCCAUCCCAAUGUCAACGCCUUCCUCUCCGAUUCUUCCCAUUCAAAACCGCCACCGCGUGCAAUGAUAAACGCCAGCGUUUUGUUCUCGACCAGUGGACCUGAGAAAAAACCUAAUCCGGCAACCAUCGUGAGUAAACCGUUAGAUGACAAUAAGCAAGUUGCGGAUGUGAAGAUUUUACAAACUUUGGCUAGUUAUUUAUGGAUGAAAGAUAAUUACGAGUUUCGCUUACGAGUUAUUGCUGCUCUUGGUUUUCUAGUUGGUGCUAAAGUUUUGAAUGUUCAAGUUCCUUUCCUUUUUAAACUUGCUGUUGAUUGGUUGACUACUGCUGCCGGCAAUGCUACUGCUCUUGCUUCUUUUACGACGGCGAAUUCCACUGCCAUUGCUCUUUUUGCUACUCCUGCUUCUGUGCUUAUCGGCUAUGGAAUUGCCCGCACUGGGGCUGCGGCUUUUAAUGAAUUGAGGACUGCUGUUUUUUCAAAAGUAGCUCUAAGGACAAUUCGUCAAGUUUCUAGGAAGGUGUUUUCACAUUUGCAUGACUUGGACCUCGCAUAUCAUCUUAGUCGCGAAACUGGUGCAUUAAAUAGAAUAAUCGAUCGUGGUAGCCGUGCAAUAAAUUUUAUUCUCUCUGCAAUGGUGUUCAAUGUUGUACCAACUAUUUUGGAGAUAUCUAUGGUAUCGGGCAUUUUGGCAUACAAGUUUGGAGCCCCUUUCGCUUGGAUCACGUCGCUUUCAGUCGCUGCGUAUGUUACUUUUACAUUGUCUGUAACUCAGUGGCGGACAAAGUUCAGGAAAGUCAUGAAUAAAGCUGAUAAUGAUGCCAGCACAAGGGCCAUUGAUUCCCUUAUAAACUAUGAGACUGUCAAAUAUUUCAAUAACGAAGCUUUUGAAGUUGACAAAUAUGACGAGUUCUUAAAGAGAUAUGAAGAUGCAGCCUUAAAAACACAGCGAAGUCUUGCUUUUCUCAAUUUUGGCCAAAAUGUUAUAUUUAGCACAGCUUUAUCAGUAGCAAUGGUUUUAUGUUCUAAUGGGAUUAUGAGUGGCCAGAUGACAGUUGGCGAUUUGGUUAUGGUAAAUGGACUUCUCUUUCAGCUAUCUCUCCCACUCAAUUUCCUUGGCAGUGUUUAUCGUGAAACCAUACAGAGUCUGGUUGACAUGAAGUCUAUGUUUCAACUCCUUGAGGAGAGAGCUGAGAUUAGAGACAAAGACGAUGCAAAACCACUUAAGUUAAAUGGGGGCAGCAUUCAGUUUGACAAUGUAACCUUCAGUUACCUGGCAGAAAGAAAGAUUCUUGAUGGCAUAUCAUUUGUUGUACCAGCAGGAAAAAGUGUGGCUAUCGUUGGAACCAGUGGCAGCGGCAAGUCGACUAUCCUCCGAUUAGUAUUUAGGUUCUUUGAUACGCAUUCUGGAAAUAUAAUGAUUGAUGGUCAAGAUAUACGAAAUGUAGAAUUGGAUAGUUUACGGAGGUGUAUUGGUGUUGUCCCACAGGAUACAGUGCUUUUCAAUGACACAAUAUACCACAACAUUCAUUAUGGCUGUCUUUCUGCCACAGAAGAGGAAGUCUAUGAUGCUGCUCGACAUGCAGCAAUCCAUGAUACCAUUAUGAACUUCCCUGAGAAGUAUUCUACUGUUGUGGGGGAACGAGGUCUCAAGUUGAGUGGUGGUGAGAAACAGCGUGUGGCAUUGGCUCGUGCAUUUUUGAAAGCACCUCCUAUACUGUUGUGUGAUGAAGCUACGAGUGCGCUGGACAGCACAACAGAAGCUGAGAUAUUAAGUGCACUGAAGUCUUUAGCCAACAACAGAACUUCGGUUUUUGUUGCUCAUAGGCUUACAACUGCAAUGCAAUGUGAUGAGAUAAUAGUUCUGGAGAAUGGGAAGGUGGUUGAGCAAGGACCCCAUGAAGUUCUCUUGACCAAGCCAGGAAGGUAUGCACAAUUAUGGGCACAGCAAAACAGUACUGUGGAUAUCAUUGAUGCAGCGAUUAAAGUGGAAGGGUAACUGUUGCUAUCAUAUUCUCCUACAAUCCUUCCACCUUCUCUAUACCACAUGUAGAGAAAUAUUGGCUUUCCUAUUUUAUUAAGGAAGCCUGUGAAAUGAGGCUAUAAUAUCGAUCAGUUGAUCGGUUUAUUAUAAGCAGGUUGGAUUAUUUAAAUGGUCAUCCAAAGUGGCAACAUUUAUUAUAUCUGGAAGAAAGGAAGCAAUAUGACCUUAAGUAAAAGACAUUUGGAACCGAGAUAACGAAGAGAUGCACGUAAACCUCCAUAAUUUGGCCAAUCACAUAGAUCAAAAGCCAAAGAAAUAAUGUACAACUAUUUUUUGUCCCAUGCCUGUUUGCAGGUGUUAGAUUGGAUGAGUUUAAAGAAAGAACUAUUUCUAAUCAUUGUUGUAUAGUGAUUAUGUACCAAAAAAUAAACAAAUUUUGUAUCAUUACAUAAUAUUUAUGUAUUGUGAAGUUUGUGUCA